AACGUUAGCAAAAGGAGCGAACUGCUGGCUGAAAUUUACUGGACUGCUACAACUUACAAACUGCCAUAAACAUAUACAAACCAAGUAUAGGUUAUUUCUUUUACUCCUAACGUUACUUGUUAAUUUGUUUUUCAUUUUUGGCCAUGUCCUCUGCUGGAUUCAGUGAAACAGUGGGAGAUGAAGAGGUGACAGCAACUCAAAUGGAAGUUGGAGACGCCGAAAGAACUUCUCCCAAAGGUGGCGUGGAUGUCAUAAUACGGGAAGAAGCUCAAGAAAACACAGAAAAUGACGAAAAACGGCAAAGCCCACCCCAAGAGAAAAGUGGAAAACAAUCAGGGCCACGAAUGACCAAGAAAUUUUUGAAGGACCAUUGUAAGCAGAACAAACUUUACAUAACACCUUGCCUGAAUGACACAUUGUAUCUGCAUUUCAAAGGUUUCUCCACCAUUGAGAACUUAGAGGAGUACACAGGACUGAAGUGUCUUUGGCUGGAAAGCAAUGGGCUUAAUCGCAUUGAGAACCUGAAUGCCCAAACUGAUCUGCGUUGCUUGUUCCUCCAGCAGAACCUCAUAGACAAGCUGGAAAACCUUGAAACUCUGCAAAAGCUCUGCACCCUGAAUGUCUCCAACAACUACAUACACACCAUAGAGAAUAUAUCCUGCCUUCCUGACCUGAGCACUCUGCAGAUUGCCCAUAACAAGCUGGAGACAGUUGAGGACAUAAAGCACCUGAGUCAGUGUCUGUCCAUCAGUGUGCUGGAUAUGUCUCACAACCUGUUAAAUGACCCUGAGAUUCUCUCUGUACUUGAGGCCAUGCCAGAAUUGCGAGUCCUAAAUCUAAUGGGAAAUGAAGUGCUGAAAAAAAUCCCCAACUACAGGAAAACCAUGAUUGUGCACCUCAAGCAGCUCACCUUCCUUGAUGAUCGCCCUGUAUUCCCCAAAGACAGGGCAUGUGCAGAGGCGUGGGCGCUUGGAGGGCUUGAAGAGGAGCGCAAAGAGAGGGAGCAAUGGGAAACACGAGAGAGGAGGAAAAUCCAGGACAGCUUGGAUGCCAUGGCAAUGAUUCGAAAGGAAGCCCAGGAGAGACGGCGCCUAAGAGAACUACUGGAGAAAGGAGAUGCUGAGGCUUUCACCACUCCAGAGACUCCAUGUGAGGAACUGCAAGGAGAGAAAAUCCGAGCUUUUGUGCAGGACACCCUGGACGCCCAUGAGGAGUUCUUACAGAGUCAGACAACGCAGGGACCUGACGAACAGAAGCCAAACAAUGAACAUGUAGAAGCAGAGCAGCUGGGUGAAGGGUCAGAGAGAGAGAGGUUAGAUGAAGAUGACAAACAGAUAAAGCAAUCUGUGAGGGAAGAGAAUGAGACAAUGAAUCCAGAGCAGACAGCAAGACAGGAAGAAAGCACAGCAGGAGAGGUGUUAGAGAAAGAGCAAGUGGAAGAUAACCAGCAACAAAACCAGUCAUGUAGAAUCCAGCUUGUGGACAAUGAAGCAGAGAGAGCGCAGGCAAGCAUGGUGGAGCUAAAGAGUGAGAAACGCGAGAAGAAACAGCGUCCAUCGGUCAGCGCAGUUCCUCCUGAAGCAGAUGAGGUCAUAAGAGCACAUGUUCCUGGGCCACUGGUGACAGAACUGGGAGACGCAGAGCAGCUGGAAACCAUUCACCUUCCACCACCUCGCUCACUGCUUAUUGAUGAUCUGCCUGAUCUGGAUGAUGUCGACACAGAAGACCUCACUGCAAUGUUCUCGUCUCAGCAAGUGUUCAAACCGAAAAUAGUGGUCAUAUCAGGAGGCAGCGAUGAGGACGAGCCAACUGGGAAUCAGGGCGAGAGCACCCCUUAUUUUGGUCCAGACAAAAAUUCACUGUUCUUCAUGAGUGGCUGCAACAAAUCAACUGCUAACAGUUCUUCAUCAUUGGUGUAUCCAGAGCAUGGGGACACCCUUGAGCCAUUGAUUUUUGAACCAGCGGGAGAGUUCAAAACAAACCAAAUAUCCUCUCCACCACGUUGCCUGAUUGAAGAACUAGAAUGAGAGCGGUUUUGUAAGAUUAGCCUAGUCUCUCACCAGAGACAGCUUCAAAUAUGCUACUACUUUAUGCUGACGGCCAAAAGUCUGGCCAAGUCAGACCAUAGAGGGCCCAAUCAGGGCAAAGCUUUUCAUUUUAAAAAUUAAUAUUUAGCUGUUGAAAACAAAUACAAUAGUUUGAGUUCAUUGUCUAGCAUAGUUGUGUUUAAGAAGUUCAUAACCAUUUUCUUUAUUUGGUGGUCAGUUGACUUGAUCUGGUCAAGGUUUUCUUUUGGAAAAAUCCUUUAUAUUAGGAUAACACAAAUGUUAAUAACUAGAUUAUAAAUAUUUUUUAACAAUAAAAAUAUAACUAGUUUAAAUAAAAACUGAAAAAGGAAAGUUCAGUAUCAGACAGCGUUAGGCUAAUGUGUGAAAGAUACAGUGUGUUCCCUCUUCACAUAGCAGCAAGUUUAUGGUGAUAUGUGUAUUUCAUUUAAUGCAUCAAUAAAAAUAUAGGACAACAGUUCA